AUGACUCUUCCCGAUGGUUAUUAUUCUAAAAAUGAUAGAAAGGUGUGCAAAUUAGUUAAGUCUUUGUAUGGGUUAAAACAGGCCCCUAGGAAGUGGAAUGAGAAGUUAACUGAUGUUUUAGUUGGUGUUGGUUUUGUUCAAAGUCAGUGUGAUCAUUCUUUGUAUAUUCUGAAUAAAGAUUAUGUGUUCAUAGCUUUGCUCGUAUAUGUAGAUGAUAUUGUAAUAACAGGAAAUAAUGUUACUGAAAUUGGUAGGAUAAAAGGUCUCCUAAGUAAAAGUUUUCAAAUUAAGGACUUAGGUGUCCUAAAAUAUUUCCUUGGUUUAGAAGUUGUUUAUGAUAAAUCAGGGAUUUGCUUAAAUCAACGUAAGUAUUGCUUAGAUCUUUUGUCUAAAUUUGGUUAUCUUGGCUGUAAACCGGUUAAUACAUCUAUCGAGUUAAGUCAUGUGGUUAAUAAUAAAAUAAGUGGUGAACAGAAAGAUCUGGUUGAUAUAACAAGUUAUCAAAAGUUGAUUGGGAAACUUACCUACUUGUCAUUAACUCGACCUGAUAUAUGUUAUGCUGUUCAAUUCCUUAGUCAGUACAUGCAUAAGCCUUGUGUCUCUCAUCUCAAAGUAGCCUUAAGGUUAUUGAGAUAUCUGAAAUUGUGUCCUGGAAAGGGUUUGUCAUUCAAAAAAGGUGAUAAUUUUGAGUUAACUUGCUUUGCUGAUUUAGACUGGGGUAAAUGUCUUAAUACUAGGAAGUCCAUCACUGGUUAUUGUGUUUUUCUUGGUCAUGAUUUGAUUUCCUGGAAAAGUAAAAAGCAAAGUACUGUUUCCAGGUCUUCUGGAGAGGCCGAGUACAGGGCUAUGUGCUCUGCCACAUGUGAACUUGUUUGGGUUGUGAAUUUGUUGAGUGAACUUGGUGUUAAUUGUAAAGUUCCUAUAAGAUUGUAUUGUGAUAGCAGUGCAGCAAUAUCUAUUGCUGCAAAUCCAGUUUUUCAUGAAAGAACGAAGCAUUUUGAGCUGGACCUAUAUUUUCUUAGGUAA